ACGUAAGAAAGGAUCAACCCAUGAGCUCAAGAAAAUUCCACAAGGAAGGCCAAAGAACAAGGAAAAUAAUACAUAUGAAACUGAACAGCAAAAAGAGCCAAGCCAUUUCAUUAUGCCUGCACGAUCAAAAAGGCUAAAUAAAAAAUAUCCACAUGAUUUAAAUCAAGCUUUGAAAGAAAUCAAGCCGAAUGGAUAUUAA